UUAUUUGCAGCAGCUGCUGGCAGAAAACCCAUUUAUCCUCAACAACACAGUCAUCUGCCGAGAAUCCCCUGAACAUUGCUGCUGCAUGGGGCACGUUGACUUUGUGAAGGAGAUUAUAAGGUUGAAACCAGUUUUGACCAGAGAGGUAAAUCAAGAAGGCUUUAGUCCUAUGCAUAUAGCGGCAGAUAAUGGCCAUGUUGAGAUUGUUAAGGACCUAAUUAAAGUCGACGUCAAACUCGGCCGGUUAGAGGGAAGACAGAAAAUGACUCCUUUUCACCAUGCUGCUAUCAGAGGGAGGGCUGAGGUGAUCGGUUUAAUGCUUUCAGGUUGUCCUGAUUGUAUCGAAGAUGAGACUGAACGAAGGGAGAAUGCUUUGCACCUUGCUGUCAGGAAUAACAGAUUUGAAGCAAUAAAGAUGCUGGUGGAUUGGAACAGAGAAAUGAACAAGGAAUACUUGCUGAACAUGAAGCAUGAGCAAGGGAAAACAGUUUUGCACCUUGCAAACUGGAAAAAAACAAAGCCAGGUGAUAGAAGUAUUACUCGGCAGCAGAAAUGUAAGCCCAGGCUUCCUGGAAGUGAAUGCCGGAAACCAUAG